AAAAACGCUAAGCAAAAACAAAAAAAUUGCAAUAAAUUUUUAAAAAAUCCUCUUUGUCUCGCGCAACGCUUCAGCCGCACAAGUUACAAAUUACACGUUACAAGUUAAUUUUAAAUACAAGCCGCUCUUGUUGUUAUUGUUGUGCAUUUAAAUUUAUUUUUUUUUGUAUUAUUAUUGCUGCUUGCUCGCGUUCCACGCAUUCAAUUGAAUGUAUCGCGCUCUGUGGCGGCAGCAAUGAGUAUACCGGCGCGCGGCAAAUGGACUUCGGCGACUGCGGUGGCGACGGCGGGCGUACAGCGCAGGCGUGUAAUCAACAAACACAUUCAACAGAAGUAUCUGUUAUGUGGGUUUGCCAUACAUGCUUUCCUCGCCACACCUGCCUAUCUCUAUGGCAAUGUCGUGGAGUCGGAUAAGGAUUUGGUGCUGCGCAUCUGGCCGGCAAUCGUUUAUCAAGCCACGGGUCAGAUUUGUCGCUCCAUUCUGGAACAUCUGGAUACAGAGUAUCGGGGUCGUGAACGUGAGACCACACAAUAUCGGCGCUUCUUUCUCUGUGCCACGCUCACUACUUGCCUCUCGCUAAUGAUUAGCGGUAUAUUCUUUUCAUCGGCUUGGUUUAUUGUUACAACAACAACACAAGCUGUAGCAAUAGUAUUUUAUGGAUUAUUUGCGGGCAUUGGUUCUAGUCUCUUCAUUUGGAAGACCCACGUCAUUUUGGAAGCGGUACGCCCGCGCGAAGAUAAGUUCGUACGCAAAACUAUACACCUCUGCGGCGAGGCAUUUUGUCAGCUCUUCCUCUCAUUCGUCUUCACCAGUCUACGUACACUUUACGGUACAGCGCAGUCGAUAGUACUGAUGUCCGCAUUAUUAGUGAACCUUAUACCGAUCAGUUUAAUUAUUACACGUCAUCGUGAAGGUUCCAUCACAAAGCGUAUUUCGAUGAUUACCGCCGAGAGUUCCUUCCCGCCACUGCAUCAUCAAUUGGGCGCAUUCCCACCUAGCAUUGCCGAUCAAAUCGAUGGCAUUGAGGUACAAGUGCCGCGAAUUUGGAAGAGUCCGCUACGCGAACAACAUCCGGGAACCGCGACCGCUGCACUGUUUUCGGCUGAAGCACGUAAUAACUAUAUGUUGGCUGCGGAUGAGGCCUACGUGACCUUUGUCAAUCCAAAUGGUGUGGAGAUUAUGGAGAUCAUACCCGAGGAAGAUGAGACUGUGUCUAUGAUUCGUGGCAGCUCAGCGACUAUAGGAAAGAGUCAUAAUAGCGUGGCUGCAUCACAAAAAAUCCAUCCAAAUGCUUCAUCGAAUGGAUUACAGCAAAUGGAUGAGACGACAGGCGUUGACAAAACAGAGACCGAUGUCAAAGAAGUUGGAAAGUUCUAUAAAUUUCAACGCAUAUCCCGUUACAUAACUACGAAUAUUUGGAAGACUUUGAAAGAAAAAACUUUUCUGCCACUGCAGCGUGCGCUCUUGGUGCCACGCCUCUACUCAACCACACUACUAAUGUCCGCGGACAUCUUUUCGUAUGUAAUGUGCCUAACGGUACUGCCGGGAUUGGCGGUGACUCACCACGCUAUCAAAAACGCAGAAAUACCAUUUCUAUUUUCGCUUUUGGCCUUUCCAUGGAUGUGCUUCUCGUUGAUGACCCCACGCUUCGGCAGUAGUCUGUAUAAACGCAAAAUCGAGUGGCAUACCUUGGGCAGCGUUUGUAAGGCUUUGGCCUUAAUUCUCAUUAGUUUCUCCACGUCGAAACUGCAACUGAGUGUAUCCUCCGUCCUGUUGGGUUUCGGUCAAGCGGUAACGCUCUUCCUUCAGGAUGUCGUCUUUCAGCGCAGCAUGCCACGAGCUCAAUGGAAUGCCAUACGUUAUCCAGUACAUUUCACCAAUGGUCUACUUAUGUUUGUGUGGGGCGCCUUGGCUCAUUGGGUUGUUGUGACCUUUUCUUUUCAGGCCUCUGUGGGUUUGGCGGGCAUGGUCUACGUUAUAAGCAUGAUCACUUGGAGUAUGAUUUUUGUUUGCUGCAACACGAGAGAUUGAAAAAAUUCGACAGUAUUUACGAUUUUAAGCCAACUGGAUCUAAUAAAAGUGUUAGCCUUCAAGUACUCCUGCGCACUUAAAUAGAAAUGUAUGAAAUUCUUUGUAACUUGCCAUAGGUAUAUUUGACGUUAGAUUUAUUUAAAAUUG